AAUAUAUCGGUUCGGCAUGGAAUGGCUGACAAAAGAAUUGUCAUUUGCAUUUUUGGGAAAUUAUUUCUUUCAAAUUCAAUUCUUGCAAUUUCAAUUCAAAUAUGGUUAACCCUUUCCCGUACAACAUCGAGUCUCACUCGUGGUGCACUUGCAUAACAUAGGGUGCUGGAACGCUCAGCAGAGUAAUGAAAUCACUUGAUGUGUGACGUAUUAAAUAGUACGGGAAGGGGUUAACAUGGUCUUUUCUGAAGUUCAACUGUCGAUGACGCUUCCGAUCACCAAUGACGCCCAAUGACGCACGUUGGCACGUGAAUAUACAAAAUAUUGGUAUCUCGGAUGAUGCAAACUUCCAAAGAAUGCAACGUCUCGUUGCCUUGCAAAUCCAAAGGUUCGUCUAUUUAUCCGUUCGUUCCACGGAAAACUUGAGCGGAUUGAAAAUCUUCAAUUAUUCUACAGUGCAUUGUUGGUCUCGCAUCAACUUCAGUUUGAGCGAAUUUUCUACUUUCUCAAUUACUGUCCGAGUACUAUUUUUUCGCUACCACGAUUCUAUGUGCGUUGACAGGGGUUAACAUUAGUAAAUUGGUACAGCAACUUUAUGGUCUAUUUAUCACUUUUAUUCUCCGUCACGAUUCUUCUCUUCUUUUUUUGGUUUACCUUUUGCGCGGAACCCGAUUUCCUUAUUUUUGCGCCAUAUCCAAGCUCUUGAGAUGGGAAUCACUCUCAAGGCGAACUUCAGCGAGCUUUUCUUGAGUUUUUUUUAAUGAUUGGUGCCUGUUCCCACCGUUUUUGUGAGCCAUCCCUAGUGAAUUCCUCAAAAUCAUUACACCAAAGACCAAUUUUACUUACUCAGAAUUAUUUCCAAACUAAAAAAAAACUAGAAGUGGGUUAUAUCUUUGAUAUAACCGCAAAGUGGACGUAGGACUAACGUUGACUUAGCAAUAGAUAAAUAACAAGCAUAUAAAUCUUAGACAUUUCAUCUUUCGAAUAAAGUGAUUAUCAUAUCACCUCAUUUAGCCGGAAAAAAAAUAUUAACGCUCAAAGGUGGAAUCGAUUCCUCCUCGGAAAUACCCCGCGCAAAUAGUACCCACUCCCCAAGCCCCGACAAUUGGAAUCAUCGUUGAUCCGGGGCAGGAUUAUUAACACUUGAGAAGGAAUGGAAUCCUCCUCGGUAUUACACAGUAAAAAUGAGACCCCCUUCCCAACAAUUCCAAUUUCGCAAUAACGACGAUCGAUUGCUGCAUGCGUAAACAAAUAUUGAUAUAAAUAAAUUUGAUAAAAUAAAUAAAUUAAUAUAAAUAUUGAUAUUGAUAUUACUGACUUGAUCAAUUUCUCUUCAUCAACAUUUUAUUUAGUUAAUAACUCAACUGCAAAAACGUUCCAAUUUAAGUUUGCUAUAGAAUCCGAUAGAUGAGGUUCUAACCUAUCUUCCACAUUGUCAAAUACAGCGGGGAAUGUAUUUGCAGCUAAGGUAUGACCAAAAGAGAGAGUCGAUGUAGAGAAAUCGAUCAAAUCACUUAUACCCCUUUCAUUCUAAGCCCCUCAAUUAUCAUCGAUAUCUCGGUUUUCGCUAAAUGCUUCGUUAAGUUCGACUGCAGAGGAGAAAUGGAAUUGAAAAACGACAAACGGGAGAAAGAGAUGUUCGAGGUUGAAAGGAGAUUGGGAGAAAACUUUUGCAUUUUAUCUUUCGAAUAAUGUAAUUAUCAUACCACUUCGUUUUGCCAGAAAGAGAUUAGUAAUGCUCAAAGGAGGAAUCGAGUCCUCCGAGGAAAUACCCAGCGCAAAUUAGAAUCGACUAUCAAUUGCGGCAUUCGUACACAAAUAAUUUUAUAACGCAGCUUUCAUCAAAGUGAUUUCUUCGAUAUGGUGAAAUAUCCACUUUCAUAUAUUUCGUAUUUGUCAUUAUCAAAUCCAUAGUCAAUGGCGCCCACCGGUAUCGGAUUAUAAUCGACACCACGAUUUUCGCUAAAUGCUUCUUUCCGUUCGGCCUGCAAAAACUUUUCUGAACUGUGAUCCACAAAAUUUGGUGUCCCUGAAAAGGGCCGUUGAUUAUAUGCUAAGGUAAUAGCACGCUCCGCUCGGGUACGACGGGCCAGCUGGAUCUCCUCGGGCAUGAUGUGACGCGUUUUGCGUAGAUAGCACACAAAUUGGUAUCUUCGAAUAGGUCGACUAAAUAUGCUUCGCUCGCCUCCUGUAGUGCCAUAACGGCGGAAAUUUGGAAGCCCAAGUUGGGUUUGAAGUCCUGGGCAAUUCCACGGACCAAACACUGCAAAGGUAGCUUGCGGAUCAGCAGUUCGGUGGACUUCUGAUAGCGACGAAUUUCACGCAAAGCGACGAUUCCCGGUUGGUAGCGAUGUGGCUUCCUCACUGGUGCGCUUUUCCUAACUGCUUUCGUGGUGCCUUACCCCCGGCAGAUUUACGAGCUGUCUGCUUGGUUCUAGUGAAAAGAGUCCUCGCGGUACGAGAGUAGAGGUAGAAAUGAACGGAAGCAAAGUAAGCGUCAUGAUUUAUACCCAUCCGUUCGGUUCAACUGCAGAAGAGAAAUGGAAUUGAAAAGAAAACCAUAAUGCAUAGGCAUCUGAGUGCGACCAUCCUCAUCUCACAUCGCCGCAUCAACUGAAUGGAUUUACGGAGCGUAUGUGAGUUUAUAUACGGUUUCAAUAAUCUGUUUCCUAAGCAAUUUCAAAGCUACUGAAACAAGUUUUCGGGUCAACAAUUAACAAUCAUAUAACUCGUGAACAUUUUUUCUUUCGAAUGAAAUAAUUAUCAUAUCACUCCGUUCAGCCGGAAAAGAUAUAUUAACGUGCUAAACCUUGCAAUCUAGCGUCACUCUCUCGUUUUAUGGAAUGUUUCAUUCAAUACAACCACGUAGUUCAUCCGCCUCUGGCAUCGGGAAAGGCCUAUUAGAUAAUCAAUAAAUUGAGAUUCCUGGGAUGGAACCCACGGCCGUUCGCUUGAUAAGCUGACGCGCAACUGUUGUGAGCAGGACGACCCACGUCCCCCUCAGAUUGUUGAUUGAUUGAUUGAUCAAUUUGUUCUAUUAUAGAGACUUUAAACUACAAAGUUCAUUCGUGUCUAGCCUUUAGAAAGGCCAAUCACUCAAUGGAGGAGUCUGGGAUUGAACCGACGAUCCUUUGCUUGGUAAACGGAGGCGCGCCCAUUAGACUGAAGAGUGAGAGUGUGUGUUUGAUAAUAGAGACUUUGAAUUUUUUCAGUUCAUUCAAAACUGGCCUAUUCCGAAAAUUAAUUCUAAACUCACGACCUUGAAAAGCCAUUUUGGACACCCUCGCUGCCACCGUCGUCUGGCUGCUAGCUGGACAGCUGCCGAAAUUGUGACAGCAGUGAAGCAGACGACUCAGAUGCCGCUCCAGACGAUAGAGUAAUGCGGGGCAACGGUGCGCACCUAAAUGUUGUCGUCCAAUAACUCUUGAAAUAAAAGCAAAUAAAAUUCCGUUUGCUUACCAAAUUGAAACUAUAUGUAUUACCUUCGAAACGUAAUACAAGCAUUUCUCGAGUUGUGUUUGUAAUUGGACAAAUACCUAUUUUGAGGGAGUAUUCUAGUCUAGAAAUUUGAAAAAAAUCAAAAAAAAAUUCAUAUUUCUGUAGUUUAGGCAUUCAAGAAUAUACCCUAGAAAGGACUUAUCGAAAAUACUAUUAAUUACCGAGUUAGAACCAUUUUAGUGUUACCUGUUACGGACAUAACAAGGAACUUUAAACGCGUUUUUCUCGAAACUAGUUUUUUUUUUCAAAUUGGCGUACAAGAUAUCUCAAGUUGUACUGAACCGAUUAAUGUCGAAAUUAUAUGGAUACAAUCUGCAGGCAUCUCUCUAUCGCAUAAACCUCUAAAAAAUAAUAUUUUUUUAAAUUUUACUAUUUUGAAAAAAUCGGGAAACGUAAGAAAAAACGUUUUAAACCACAUUUUGUUUCUCAAACGGCCACCAUUUUUCCAAAAAAACAUGUUGUUGACUUGUCCGAGGUUCAUGCGAUAGCGACAUUUUUACUGAUUCAUUUUUGUUUCAGAUAACCAGAAGUACUGGAAUCGUGUACGCCAUGGCACCUUGUACCCUCUCACAUCAGCUCUUUACUAUUCUAGUUAUGAAUAUUUUUUCUCCGUAAAAUUUUUGUUUUAUUGUUACAAGAUAGAUGAACCAAUAAUGAUAUGAUGGAUUGCAAAAAUAUUCUUUGUUUUAUUUUUACGGAGCUUCAAAAAACGUCCGAAAUUCGUGUCUCUACACUAGAAUACCCCCUUAAUACAAAAAAAAAAAAAACAAAUGCGCAUACUCGCCCCAUAGUGGGGGCAAAGGUGCGCACUUAUUGAAUUGAACUUCUGAGAUAACUCAUACCAAAAAUAAAUGCUUUAUCAUCAGAAGCGGGAGAAGCAUCAUUACUAAAGAGUGUAGGCACCGUCCAGUAGGCAAGAGAAUGUCCGAAAAUGUCCAACAUUUGAAACAUUUAUAUAUAUAUAUAUAUAAAUGGAUUUCUGUCUGUCUGUCUGAUUCUUAUGGACUCGGAAACUACUACUGAACCGAUCAACAUGAAAAUUGGUAUGUAGGGGUUUUUGGGGCCGGGAAAUGUUUUCGUGAUAAUUUGAGAGCACCUCUCCACCAACCCCCCCCCCUCCCUAAGGGGGGCUGCCAUAUAAAUUAAACACAAAUUUCUACAUUACUCGGGAAUUAAUCAAGCAAAUGAAACGAAAUUUGGCAUAUGGAGGUUUUAGGGUGCAAUAAAUGUUUUUACGGUGAUUAGACACUCCUCCCUUCUCUCUUACAGAGGGCUGCCAUACAAAUGAAACACAAAUUUCUGCAUUUCUUGAGAAUUAAUCAAGCAAACGAAACCAAAUUUGGCAUGUGAAGGUUUAAAGAUGCGAUAAAUCUUUUUACGAUGGAACAAAAAUUUCUAAAUUUCUCGAAAAUUAAUCAAGCAAAUGAAACCAAAUUAGGCAUAAAGAGGUUGUAGGAUGCAAUAAAUAUUUCUAUGGUGGUAAGACACUCCACCCCCCUCUCUAAAGGGGGGCGGCCAUACAAAUGAAACACAAAUUUCUACAUUACUCGAGAAUCAAUCGAGCAAAUGCAACCAAAUUAGGCCUCUGGAGGUUUUAGGGUGCAAUAACUGUUUCUAUGGUGGUUCGACACUUCUCCCCCCUCUCUUAGGGUGGACUGUCAUACAUAUGAAAAACUAAUUCCUCUCUCGUCAUCGGUCAAUAAACGUAUUUAUGGAUAUUACAUCCGAAUAAUCGUUCCGAGUGUUUUCUUUUUCGUUAACCGGAAAACCGGAAAUUGUGAUCACCGCGUUGACGAACACAAGUGGUUGAAAAAUCUUGAACGAGAAUUGUGUCUGAAAAUAAUCUGAUAUUAUAAGGAUGAGUUUUGUCAGAAAUACUAGGAAUUUUAUAGUAAAAAGUAAAUUCAACGGGGUCGAUUAGAAGAUCAAUCAAUGAACGGUUCUGCGAUUGGACUUGAACUUGCUCAUAGUAAGAAAACGUGCAUGUUUGAAGGCAUGCACAAAUACCGUAAACUCAAUUCCACGCAUUGAAAUGCGGAUACCAAGCUUCCCACGUAUCUUCCAUCUCCCAUCUAAUCAAUGCGUUUUGCGCUCGAUUCGCUCCGAACCUGGUCGUGAACCCGGGGCGAACCGUGCCAUCAAAUCCAGCGACCAAUUUUAACAUGACAUGACAGCAAUCCAAACCGUGGCUUGUAGCUGUCGAAAGACAAUGAACCACAAACUGUGUUCCCAGCGCAAUGAUCCGGUAUGUUGUGAAACCGGCAACGGCGAAUCGAUAAGUGUCCGGUUGAUUUCGGCAACGAGGCAAACCAUUCGAACCCACCCAUAAGAACCGGGAUUGACCCUUUGGACAGUGACCACCACCACCGCGAAUUGGUGGUGGGUAUGGUGAUGCAAUUGCUGUUCAUCGAGCGGUACACGUUUUGAACCAGAAGUCAAAUAAAUACAGCGAGGGGAAUUUUCACUGCCAUUCCCGGCGGUGGGCGGUAAAGUAUGAACUUUUGCGGCUGGUUGAAAAUAUUCAAACGGAAAAAUACCAACCAUGUUGGUCCUGAUAGUGAGUCCGAGGGGCAGGAGAAUAGGAGUGACGGGAAAAGUUCAGCGAUUCCGGCCAAUGGCUCGCGGUGUGGUGACAAGAGCCUGAGUAAUUCAGCGAAGCACAAGGCGAAAGUUAGGAGCGCCAAGAAUUCCGGCCAACGCAAAGAAGGGAAGGAACAGGAAGCUGAACAGGAUCCUAGUAAGAGCGGCGGCGAAGACGAUGAAGCAGGAAAUCCCCGCAAUAAAACGGCCCUCAAACCGGGCCACUCGCUGAUGGACUGGAUCCGACUGGGGAACUCCGGUGUGGAUCUAACGGGUACGGGCGGAAAGGUGCGUCCGGUGAGUCAUUCCGAGCUGGAGCAGCAUAAUACGCCGGGGGAUGCUUGGAUGGCGAUCCGGGGGAAAGUGUACAACGUGACGAAGUAUUUGGACUUUCAUCCCGGGGGCAUCGAUGAACUAAUGCGAGGCGUCGGCCGGGAUGCUACCAAGCUGUUCGAUGAAGUACACGCCUGGGUGAACUAUGAAUCGCUGCUGGCCAAGUGCUACAUUGGACCACUUCGUAGCACCGGAACGCUCAACCUGGGUGGAGAUUCAGCCAAAUCAAACAGCAGUGCAGCAAUCUUCCUGAAACCACCAACGCCUGUCAGUCCGGUGGCAGCAUCCAAAGUGUUAUCCCCCACUUCCGCAGCGAGUAGUUCGAGUGAUGAGUUUGCCAGUCGGUUACUUCCCGUAGUGCCUCGCUUCGACUGGAUCCAGAAAACGGCCGAAGUGUCGUUCAUCUUCUACACCAGAGCGCUCUGCAACCCGGCCGUUGUUGUGGAGUUCGUUGGCCCCCAAGAGUUCAUCGUGCGAAUGUAUCUCGAGGGAAGCGUUCUGCAUCGGUACAAGUUCCAAGCUUCGAACAAUCUUCAGUGGCCUUGCAGCGUUCGGCAAUCGCUGGAAACGGGGAAAGUCGAAAUUGUGUUCAAUAAAUCCCUUCCUGGGCUGUGGACCAGCUACGGCCAGAUGGAGUACGAGCGCAUCGAAAACCACGAGAUGGAACUGAAUGAGUACGAUGUGGCGACGCGUAUUGAAAUCACGCACGAUUCCUGUGCGCUGUUGCUUCGUCCGAAAAGCCACUCGCUUCUCCAGGUAACCCCCAUCGGACAUCACGUAACGGUGACGGGUUCCAUUGGGGGAGAAUUUAUCAGCCGAAGUUACACUCCUGUGCCUGCCAACGCCAUCCCAACGCAUUGUCCCGCUACGUUUGUACCGCUGUUGGUGAAAACCUACCGAACCGGCCGUUUGUCCGAGUAUUUGACCAGGCCGGUGCCGUUGGCCGCUGGCCUGCAACUUUCCCAGCCGAGUGGGAAUUUUGCGCUCGCAAAACUCAAGCAUCACAACCGCGUUGCCUUACUGACCGCCGGAAGCGGAUUAACUCCGAUGCUGGCCGUGCUGAAUUAUCUGCUCGAACGGAGCAGCAAUAGGGUAGAGAACGUUGGCUUGCUGUAUUACAACAAAACCGAAGCGGAUAUCUGGUGUCGUGAGAUGCUGGACAGCCUGGCCGAAAAGGAUCGAAGACUGAUGCUGCGGUACUUCCUCUCGGAGGCUGAAUCGCGCGGAAGCCCAUCCACUGGCAGCUCACCUGCAAAAGUAACAACGCAAAGGAGCGACACACUCGCAGCAGCAGCAACACCGGAAAACAUAUCCCCACCCACUCUCACUCACCGACUGGAACGUGGCAAAAUCUCGCUGGAAGUGGCAAAACAACUGACGAACCUUGACUCCCCGCAGUAUGCGACCUAUGUUUGCGUCUGCGGCCCGAAACCGUUCAACGAGCUGUGCUGUCAGUACUUGGAGCAGGCAGGACAUAACAUGGCACACUUGCACAGCUUCCAGGGUUAGGGUUGGGGUGAGGAUUGACGGGACAUCAUCUGCAGCGGCGACGGCUGCGGUUUGGAGCGUUUCAUCUCGUGUGUUUACGGUUAAUUCAACAUCUCGGAAGGUAUAAAGCCAACAGGAGCUACUCAUCCAUCAAUACAACAGGCAUUCAACGUUACACACACUAAAAAUAUCUCAUCCAAAACGAUGGACUAUUUCCUUUGUCACAAUAAAAUAGAAAACACGCAAGAGCCAAUAGAUCAAUAUAGAAACAUUAGAUAGACAAUACAUAUUCAUCAGAAUAUUACUUUCAUAAUUUUUACUACCGUGAGGAUGGGGUAUACAAAGAACAAAGAACCGCGAACGUACCUUUCCGUUCAUAAUGACACUAAAACAAACCUUACCACAAUAUUCGAUUUGGAAGGAGGAGCACAUUACUAUGACCACCACAAAAAAGAAAAAAAAAACAAGUCACGCAACUAGAAGUAAUAGAAACGCUUAAGCAAAAGAUCCCGCAAACAAUUUAGAGCAACUGCAAAAGAAAAUGAAAAAUUAUCUGUUGACUGUGCAAAAUACACCAUGCUUAUAAAAAAAAGUUAGCAAAUCAGAAAAAACCUCACCCAUCACGCACCAAUAAUGGUGGCACUUUCAUUUUAUUUCUGUCAUGUUUUCCACAUCGGCUGUCAUCAUUAUUCGUCAUUAUUCGGAGGUAGACGAAAGAAAACACCGUUUUUAGACAAUUUAGUAACACAGAAGAUGUAUUUUUUCUAGAUGCUAAGCGGAAUAAAUUUAUUUAUUUUAAAGAUAUAA